GCAUAUAUAUAGGUUAGGUGUUUAGGUUCUGUUGGCGAUUAUUUGUAGUACGUGGGUGAAGCAUUUACAGCGUUGUGGUUCGAACAAAAUUCGUCAGUGAAGUACUUUGUUCCGGAAGUGUGUGAACGAAAUCAGUAGUCGUGUGUAAAGUUUUCAAUUCGUGAACAGGGGAUUUGGAAGGUGCACGGAAUCGCUCUUGGGUCUUCGUUCGGAGGACGGGCUGGGAUGUAAGACUAGGAGUCGAGGACGUGUUGGAGGCUGUUUUCAGACUAGUCAUUUGAGCAGACGACGUCAGUGAAGCACUGUUCGAGGAAUGUUGAAACUUCAUCAGUUGUCUUGUGUAAACAUAUUUUCAUUCAUAAACUUGGGGGGGGGGGGGGUUGGCCGAAUUAAUCAUUUGGCCCUUGUUGAUGAAGGUGGGUUGAAUAACUGCAAAGAGAACCUAACUACCUACACCUAACUAUAUAACAAUCUAGUAUGCAAUAAUAUCGUCUUAUAGAAAUUCAUUGGUUAUUGUGAAAUUUUCAUCGAUAAACCGGGUUUGGAAGCUAGGUAAACGAUCACUUGCUUAGUGGUUGAAAGGGUUGCACAGUUUCCACUGUAGUGUAGGUCUGUUUGACGUGACUCGUAUACCAUCUCUUAUCGAUGCUUCAUUCAUACAUUAUAAACACUUGGGUCACUAUCUCGGAUACUUUUGAUAUCGUUCGCUUUAUGCGUUUCUGUUCUCGUGUUGGCAUCCUUGGUGAUAUUUAGCGCUCUCUGAUUAUCUCGCACAUUUAUGGUGCUGUAUAGCCUUCCCGGUUUGGUGCCUUUGAUAAUAAAUUGGGUCACUAUCUAUAAAGCUCUCAAUCUCUCUAAAAAAAAUCUCUAUCAAUCAAUCUCUCUCUAAAAAAAAAAAAAGUCUGCUGGAUUCACAACAUUGGUCGAGUCUGACUACGGGUACUCUCACUUACGAGGCUACUCUCACUGUAACGGAGUUGUUUCUCAGAGCUACUAUAGGCUGUGAUGAUGAAUGUCCCAUCUUGCAGGAUGGUUACAUUCAGAGUAUACUAUCUUAACUAGGGGUGGCGGGUAUAUUAUGUGUACCUGUUAUAACAAGUGUCAAAAGUACGUUGACAGGUUCAUGAAUAUAGAGAGGACUAAUUCUUAAAACAUGUGUAUUAAAAUAAGAAAAGGUUGUAAAUAUCAAUUUUAAUGAAAAGGCUUAACUCAUUUGAUAUUUGUACAAGCAAUACUAAUUUAUGGUAAUAAAACCGAUCUGAUCAAUUAUAAAAUGAAUCAAUUCUGAAUUAGAAGCAUAAAAUGAAACACAAAUAAUGCGGAUCCGAGAAUGAAUAUAACGUUAAGUGGAGAGGACGGUUCAGUGUGGGCGAGCGCUUGAGUAGACCUUCAAAGAGUAGGGUCCACAAAACUGGUACUUGUGUUCAGAAUAUAACGUAAAACACCGGAUCAGAGACGAGGCAGACACUGAAGUAUACGUUGUUGGCCCAGCUUCAGGACCCCAACAGGUUGUCGACGGAGGCAUGUCUAUGACUUGCUGAUACGUUUGAGCACGACCUUGCCGGAACACUCGAUGGUCAACUGGAGAUAACGUUUACAUUAAUGUUCGUGGCGCUCAACAAGAGCGCAACAUGUUAUGCACUAAUGCACGAGUCUGUUCGAAGAUAACAAAUUCAGGAAGAGCUGGUUACAGCGCCAGCAGGUGUCUACGCAGACCCCCGGGUGACGCGGUCCACGCCCCGAACCCCUAGCGUGACGCAGGCCAAGCCCUGAAAGAGUUGACAUUGAUGGAAGAUUAUGAAUGUGUGAGAAUAUUGCGUCAGCCGCGGGAGACGAACGGCCUCACCUGAACUCGACUUCAGGAACGAGUCUGGGACAGAACGGCGGCCGCCACAAACGUUUGUCAGGGUUGGCAAGCGGGAGCGUAAGUCGGGCGGUACUGGUUGUUCUCGUGUUGUAGGGCGGCCCGCGUACACAUAUAUAUUGGCGGGAAGCGUGUUCUCUCCAUCACUCUCGCACCGGUAGUCAUGAUAAGCGCCAUGCUCGCUCACCCUCUUCCCCUCCACUGCCAAGAAAGGUUCCACUCUACUGACUUCCAGCAAGUGACGCGUAUAUUGUUCAAAUCCACGCCCACCCGCGUCCCAAUACACCAUGGCGUCCCAAUACAACAUGGAUGACCAAUACAACAUGGCGUCCCAGUACAACAUGGAGGACAUCCGUAGUGCCCUGAACGCCAUCUGUCCAGGCUCAGCCUCGGGUCUGGACGCUAACAGCAGCUUCGACCUGAACCUCUACCUGGAGACACUGCCAGAUAUACCACUAUUUUGUGAUGGUGAGGGAGCCGCCGGCGGUGUCAACGGACCACCAGAAGCAUCAGCGUCUGGAUACAGCGCCCAGAGCCACCUGCCACUUGAAGGAUCGGAGUUUGGAUAUAACCAGUACAGCCACCUGCCACUUGAAGGAUCAGUACCGAGCUGGGAGAGACAGAGCCAGCUGGUGCCUGAAGGCUCAGCGUCAGGAUGGGGCGCCAGUAGCCACCUGGGACUGGGGGAAGCUCCGUCACCCACCUGGCAACACAACGACUAUCUCAGGAUGGUUGACCCCAACGAGGUGUUGAGAACCCCAGCCACGGAGGACCACCAGCUGAGCCAGGGACCCCAACUCCUGCCUCACGACCCAACUGCUCUCCACUAUCCCUCAACAACUCUCAACAGCUUUACUGACUCCUCUGAAUGUUGUUUAUUUUCACAAGAUGAUAUGUCAAGGGAACAACACAGUGUCUACCCACAAGAGUCAGAGCACAGUACUUAUUCACCUGGAACUCUGUCUGGGGCCACAGCAAGUCCCUAUUCAUCAAAUCUCCCAGCAGGAACACCUCCUCUCCGUUCCUCUUCCUCUGCCCUGGAAGCCGUCCUCGGGGCGCGAACCGCCACUAGAAAAGGUUACCACCACAGAGUCACAAGAAAGUAUUUGCCAGACGGCGAAGAGAAGGAAAGACGUAAACAAGAUCUGAACAAUGUGGCGUCGAAGGACUAUCGUGAGAAUAAGAAAAUGACUGAAAAGAAGAUGCAGAAGUUGCUGGAGGAGCAGCUGAAGCGACAGCAGCAACUGACACUCAAGUAUCAGGUCCUCAAGGACCACCACCACUGGUGUAGGGAGAUGUGCAAGGCACAUUUUAGUGAACAGGUGCCUGACACACCCUACUUACAGGUGCCUGAAUAUAAUAUUUAACACCUGUUGAAGUCGCUACAGUACCUGAAGGAGACACUGGUUCUCAGUACUUGAGGGAGAGAGAUGCAUCAGUAUCUGUAGAUGUAGAUGCAUCCACAUCUGAUGUAGAAUUGUAUCAUAUUGAUGUAGAUGCAUCAAUAUCUGGCGUCACAGAUAAGCACACACACCUUUUUUGAUCGCAAACUAUUUGGAGAGUCGGAAAUAAUUGAGCUGUCUAUUGUAGUGUUGCAUUUUGAGCCAACAGUUCAACUUGUAAGGUGGCUGUCUUGUUACUGACACCCGAUAACUCUCCACACUGCUGUCAGUUACGUCAGCGUUGGGCUGACGUACAGUGACAGCAGUGUCCCGCCCCCUGCCAGUGACAAUGUUUUUUAGAGCUAAUUACUCAUAAUGUGGCAGAUUAUCAUUUUUAAACUGCAGUGAAUAGCAUAUUUUUGGCCUUCUUGGGCCAGAUUCACGAAAACAGUUACGCAAGUACUUACGAACGUGUACAUCUUAACUCAAUUUAUGACGGCUUUAGUUACAUUUACUAUACAGUUUGCAAGCAUGAAAUCUUCCCAAUCAAC